AAAACAACGCACUAACACAGAUGAUAAAACAAAUAGAAUAGAGUUGAUUCGAUAUAAAAUUACGUUUUGAAAAUAACUCGUUAGUUGGUGUAUGUAGUCACGGAUAACGGUGAAAAAUAUGAAUAAAACGAUGGACGCAACAAAAAAACUCAGUGAUGUUAUCCAAGUAUCUAUCGAAGAAAAGAAUAUAGAACAGUUGAAUUUAUUUCUAUCAUCAACUUCAGAUGUGGUUGAAGCCUUCAAUUUAAAAACAUUGUUGUACUUGUACAGAUUGUUGAAAAAAGAUGCACAGCAUGAUGUGAAAUGUUUGCAUGUAUCUUGCGUUUUGAGUUGCCUCCAGCACUUUCUAGAUUCUAAUAUAGACCCAUUGGUUUGGGAACAGCUUGUAGAAAAAGUCAGUUUAAUAAGUGGACUUUUGUUUGUGAUCUCUGCUACAUUCAUAAAAGAUGAUAACAUCAUUGAAAAAUGCACAAUUACAUCGUUGGAAAUAGUAAAAAUCAGUCAGAUUGUAGCUAAUAGUAUGCUUACAAAAUCGUUGGAGCCACUGUUGAAGAUUGUAACUAGUGUGCUGGCCUCUAACACUAUUCAGCUGCAGAUCCUGAGCCACAUCAGCUGCAUGCUGCAGAAUUCAUCUCGGGAAACUCGCUGGGAGGUAUUGCCAUCUGUCAGUGGCUGUUUGACAAACCUAUCUAACUAUCUGCUACUCUGUGGGGACUACGAGACCCAGGUUUCUGUGGUGGAGGUCUUGGCUCGUUGCUGGUCCUAUAUCAAGGAGGAACAUUCAGCAUCACUAUUCACCAACCGUCCCUCAAUAUUGUUGUACUUUAACUCAUAUAAGUUUCUAAAUUUUGAUCCGGAGUGUAGAUUGUUUCUCAAUGAGAUGAACAACAGCCUAGGAAACGAACAGUUGGUGUAUUCUGUACCUUGCCUGGUAGUGGUUGCAGAUGGAGUUACUUUGAAAAGACCUUUGGACCCACUGUAUAAAGAGUUCUGGGUGGAUUUCAAUACUAGCACAAGAAGUAUCUCAUUUUAUUACAUGCCAAACCCAGAGGAAAAUUGGGAGUUGCUGAACAUUGAGAUGGAAAAUAUUCAAUGUGUCAUGGCUAGGAAUAGUAGUGGUUGUAAAUCCAGAGAAGGAAAAGUUAUCCCUGCAGUAAAGAUAGAUGUUACACUGAAGUUUGACCCUGCAAAGCCUAAUCUACCUCAGGUAUUGAGGAUCUAUCCUCGAAAAACCCAUGACUUUGCUGAGAUUGAGAAGAAUUUAAGCAGUAAAAUCUUUGGAGACAAAUACAAGAGUGAAGUUACCUACACUGAUUUACCAUUAGAUGGAGGAGACACUCGAUCCCCUAAAUUGAAGGAGAAUCCUACUGCUAUGGAGAAGAGUGUUGCCACAAAGUACACUUCUGCCCAUCAGUUUCCAGAAGAAUCUGAUUCUGAUCAAUCAGAUAUAAUUGGCCCUUCUCAAAUCCUGGAAACUAAAACCUCCAGAAAGAGGAAUCAAGAAAAUCAAGCAACUCAACAGGCAAAUGAUAGUGAUUUAAGUCAAAGUUCACAGUGUUCGGAUACUUUCACUCAUUAUGUCAAGGGAUUAAACAAACAAAACCAAACUAGCAUUGUAAUUAAUGACUCUACAUUAGAAGGAAAUGAAACAUCAAGCCUGAAUGCAACAGUUAAUCCACAUAAAAAUAAACUGGAACAUGUGAAUAAAACUGAAAAUAAUAAUGUUGUACCAGAACAUACAAAUUCUGAUGCUGGAAAUGAAAACUUUGAAAUUCCUGAGAUUGUUUCUCCGAAAAAGGAAAAUAAUACAAUAGCUUUUGUAUCAGAAUCUCAAAAUGAAGAAAACAUUUCAUCUUGUAAAACUGUAUCCCUUAAAGGGCAGCAAUUAGUUUCAAACGCAUUAUCAUCUUUGCAAGGCCCUAAUCAAAUGAAUACACAAGAAACUAGUCGGAGACAUGUUCCAACUGUUCAAAAUAAUAACUGUAAGAGGAGGCAUUUAUAUUCAGUGGAAAACAUGAACACUAAAGAUUUUAUCAUGUCUUCUCAAGAAGACUUCUCUCUUGAAGUACCAACAUACAAACUCAAGAAACCUGAACACACUGUGGUUCGACAACGAGGUGCAAACAAAGAUAACAUCAGUUUUUCUUACAUUAAUUUUACAGAAAAACAUACAAAAUCGGGCAGUAUUCGUAACAGCAAUAUUUUUACAGACUUAAAUGAGCUUGACAAAGAUGAUACAUGUAACGAUGAAAGAAUGGAAGAACCUGAAAAACCUUCAUUGAAAGAGAGAAUUCCACACUUCACUUCAUAUAAUGACAAAAAAUUACGAGCAUUAAAUAAAACACCAGAAAAUGCAAAGACAAGUGGACUAUUUCCAGCAAAAUCUGUUUAUUCAGAUUUUUCCUCUUCUGGGAAAGAUUUGGUUGUGAAGAGGACAUAUGCCAGAAAAAAGGCCAAGAAAGGUAUGAAAAGGAUUAAAGUUAUGUUGUCCUCUGAUUCAGAAUCUGAUUCUGAACCACAUAUAAAAAUGCCAUUAGAAAAGGAAGUGGCUUUACAUCCAAACCAUGUAAGAGAAUAUGUGAUGAGGUCUACCAAGAGAAGGGUAGAUCCCAUUCGGGAUAUGGUUUGUGCGGACGAAAUGGAAAUAGAACCAAUGAAUUUAGAAGAGCCUGCCUUUUUAUUAGCAGAGUUAAGUGUUGGAAAACAUUUAAAGAAUAAUACUAGUACUGCUAUUAAAAAGGAGCCAAAACAGAAAAAGAAUCAAAGAAAAACUAAAAAUAAAAAGGUAGAGUCCAAAAAAAAUACUGAAAAAUGUAAAAAAGGUGCAAGGGGUCAGAUUAAAAAAGCAUGUUCACAAAAAGAUGAAACAUGCCUAGAAGAGAAGAUGGAUGAUGUAGUAACUGCAGUUCCUCCAGUAUUGGAUUGUGUGAAUUAUGAUUUUGUUUCAGAUUUACCUGCCAAUGCAAAUGAAAUAUUGGGUUUUAAUGACAUUGCAUUGGAAAUGUUCAACUGUACAGCAUCUCAGGACAUUGUUUGUUCUCAGGGUUCAUUUAAAAUUAAUGACAUGAUCAAAUUUGGGACCUGUUGUACUUUGAAAGUAAAGAAUGAAAUUCAUAAAGUGCAAGAAUUACUGCAUAAAGAACGAGAGAUGAACAUGGCAGCCUUUGACUUCAAGGUGCAGAGCUCCUAUAUGGCUGUACAAACACAGUGUCAGCGGCUGGAGACUAUCAACAACAAUUUAUCCCAAAUCAGAGUUCUCCUGGAUAGUACUUAUGAAUUGCAGAAAGAUGUCAUCACCCAGAUCAAAUCUGAGGCAACUCAGCUGGAGAUAACAAAACAGGAAGUAAUGAAAAACCUGGCAGAUAUGAAGGAGUCAGAGUCCAACCAAAUAAAUUCAGAAUUUAAGAAGAUGGGAGAAUUCAUGAAGAACUGGAUUCUGUCAUACAUUCCUAACAGAUCUGCACAAAACUAGGUGAUGGUCAAACCUAUAUCUUAGUGAAAUGUUUUAAGAAAGUUAGAAAGUUUUUAGGUAUUUAAGAUUAAUUUAAGAAUAUUGUUACUCAAAUUGUUUAUUUAUUGUGUUAGUUUAUUUUUAUACUGUUACCACAAAUAAUAAUAAUGUUACCACAAAUAAUAAUACUGUUACAACAAAUAAUAAUAUAAUCAUGUGUUUCAAUUAUGUGGAAACUGUACCUUUUAGUUAGGAUGUAGAAAUUAAGUUAUAAUUUAAUUAGUAUUUAUAAGUAUAACUUAAUACACCUUGUUUGUGAUUCUUAAGACUGAAGUUUUAUGUUCAUGAUAAGUUAUUAGCUUUUCAUACCAAUGUUAAAGGUAAAUGAGCUAUAAAAGCAAAAUAAAUUAUGUAACAUUAUUAAAUUAUUUAAUUCUUGUAUCUUUUCACUGUUUUUUCUCAUCAGUAAUAAAGUAAUUCUAGUUGUGUACAAUUUAGUAUCAAAUACAAAAUUUAGUAAUGGCCUGUUAAUUUUUAUCUGUAAUAUAAGAUCUGUUAGAAUCCAUAUCCUAUAUAUUAUCUCAGUUUGAUAAGUAAUGUGACAUUAUAAAUGUAAUUAGCUGUGAUAUUUUGUACUUAAUUACAUUUUUUACAGUAUUAAAAUAAGUGACAUUAUAAUGAAUGUAGAUUAUUUUUCUCUUGAGUAAAAAACUAGAAAUUAUUAGAUUGAAUUGAUUUGUCCAACAAGUACUUGGAAUAUUGUAAACACAAGCUAAUUAUGUGAUAUUGAGUGUAGGAUAACAUUUAAGUUGUAUUUGUUAUUUAUUAAAUAAAAUGUUAUUUUUACCAAUGAAAAAA